AUUCAGAUUCAGUCGUCUCGAGGUGUUCGCACGAGACAAUCCACUGCCCCAGAGGCAUCGACUAAAAUUAGCGGAAAAAUCAAAACAAAAUAUAUUUAUACAUAGGAACGCUUUCCUAAGAUAAUUAAUGGGAAACGCUACAAAUAAGUGAAAUAACUAUAUAAGCCAAUAUAUACAAACCAUAAAAUAGUGUUUUUUACACCAACAAAGAUUCAAAAAAUUUGGCACAGUGCGUUCUUUGUGCGAUCGUUUUAUAUAAGGCAUUGGUAAAGAACCCGGAAAUCGGCCGAGUCUCGAAUGGAUUCGGAAAAGGUGGUCCGCGCCAUGGCUCGUUGGUGGCAGACUGUUAGUCAAGAGGAUAGCGACUCACGCAAUCCGAUAACCUACGACCUCCUGCAAGAAAGCGUAGCGAAGAACUCGAAGACGCGGCAAUACCUGGCGGCCAUUAUAAUUUGUUUGGGUGCGGUCGCUGCUGGUACUGCGUUAUCCUGGACCUCUCCUGUUUUUCCGCAGAUAUCUGUCAAUGUCAACGAUACUGCAAAUGGAACUAAAACUAUACCGAUUUCCACUGAAGAUGACUUUAAACUGACCGCUUCGCAACAGACAUGGGUCAGCUCAAUGUUGCCCCUUGGCGCCCUUUUCGGAGCCCUACCCUCUGGAUAUAUAGCCGAUAUGAUCGGCAGACGUUAUACUGCCAUAGUCAUGGACGUUCCCUUCAUUUUGGCCUGGAUCUCGAUCAGUUUUGCCAAUUCAGUCGGCUGGCUUUACUUGGGAAGAUUUUUGAUCGGUAUAUCCACCGGAAGCUUCUGCGUGGUGGCUCCCAUGUACAUCUCGGAGAUUGCGGAGACCAGCAUUCGCGGCAGCCUGGGUACAUUGUUCCAGCUGCUCCUCACGAUCGGCAUCCUGUUCAUCUAUGUGGUGGGGAAUUUGGUAGCGUGGAAAACCCUGAGCUUGCUGUGUCUUGUCAUACCAAUUAUACUUUUAAUCGGACUCUUUUUCCUGCCCGAAACUCCAGUCUAUCUCCUUAAAAGGGGCAAGCGAUCCGAGGCCAACAGCGCCCUGAAAUGGUUGUGGGGUGAUUACUGCAACACCACCAGCGCCAUCCAGGGGAUCCAGAACGACCUGGACCAGACCGGAGCGGAUGCCUCCAUUAUGGACCUGUUCAGCAAUCGCGCCUCUCGCAAGGGACUGGUGAUCUCCGUACUCCUCAUGUUCUUCCAGCAGUUCUCCGGCAUCAACGCGGUGAUCUUCUUCAUGAACCAGAUCUUUGAGGCGAGCAAGAGCCUGGACCCCGGCCUCUGCACCAUAGUCGUGGGCGUGGUGCAGGUGCUCAUGACCCUGGUCUCCUCCCUGCUGAUCGAGAAGGCCGGCCGCAAGAUACUGCUGGUCUUCAGCAGCUCGGUCAUGACCGUCUGCCUGGCCAUGCUGGGUGCCUUCAACACGCUGCAGAAGCACAAUCCCGAGGAGGCAAAGGCCCUCGACUGGCUGCCCCUGCUCUGCAUAGUGCUGUUCAUCGUCAGCUUCUCGGUGGGCUACGGCCCCAUUCCCUGGAUGAUGAUGGGCGAACUCUUCAUGCCGGACGUGAAGGGCACCGCCGUGUCCCUGAGUGUCAUGAUGAACUGGGUGUGCGUGUUCUUCGUGACCUGGCUCUUCGGCCAGUUGAAGGCCGUUGGGCCCGAUGUGCCCUUCUGGUUCUUCAGCGGCUGGAUGGCGGUGGCCACUGCCUACGUGGCCAUCGCUUUGCAGGAGACCAAGGGCAAGACUGCCAGCCAAAUCCAGAGCUGGCUGGCCGGUCACUAGGGGCCCCCUGGAUGCCAUUACAACCGUAGGUGGGUAAGCAGAAAAUGCCAAAAAGUAAUGUAGGAAGGUUUUUCGUUCGAAGCCUUAAGUUCAGCAUACAAAACAUUUAUUCCGUCUGAACCAGGAGAAGCCGAUAUAAUCUUUGGCAAAGGCAUAGAAACCGUUUCGGAUCUAAGGACAAUAACACACAAAAUGUACAAUUUAACUUAUUGAUGUUCCACAGUUUUCACAGUGUUUGAAUUGACUCUGAAGCUUACAUUUAGUGUAGUUCAAUUAGUUCCUAAGUACUCAUGGUCACGCCCCCAUAGCUGUAAGAUUCGAUGGAGUGCCACCCCGUUUUGUGGUCUCCUUUUUGUAGAAACAUCCUGCUGUGUGUAAAUGUACGUGUAAGAUGGCAAAGACAUAUACCUAUAAAUUUAACUAUACUAAACAUGAAACAAAUGUACAUAUAUUUGAUAAUAA